AUGCUUAGUUCUUAUAAAAAAGUACCCGCUAAGUACUAUACACAUGCUGUAGCUAUUAAAAACUUGCAGAAUAAGAAAAUGAGUUAUUUGUUGAAAAAGGAAGAUUGCUACUUUUAUCGACAGAAUUUUAACUUUUUUUCUAAAGAAUUCGAGAAAAAAUUAAAAAAGAAAAAGAAAACAAAAAAUGAAUUGGCUAUGAAGGAUAACAUUAUGGAUAAAUUAUCUUUCCUACAUAUCCAAAGCAGCAACAAGAACUCCAAUUUCACAAAUACAAAAUGUGAUACACAGCUUACGAAUAACAUUUCCAAGGAACUUAAUUUUAUCACAAAGUUACCUUGUACAUUUUUAAAAAAUAAAUUACCUUUCAAUUUUUUUAAUAUGGCAAAUAGUGUAUAUUUGAAAUAUAAAAUUAAAAAAAAAAUACUCCUCUCGUUCAACAAAAAAGCCUUUUGCUCAACUGCAAAACAUUCCUUUUUAACAAAUUAUAAAAUUAUAAAACAUCCAGACAAAGUAGAAAGUGAAGAUUGUUGUUUGAAUGGAAAAGCAUUUAUGGCCAUUGCUGAUGGUGUGGGAUCGUGGAUAAGGCAUGGUGUAAAUCCAAGAAAAUACCCAGAAAAAUUUUUACAACUUUUACAAAAAAAAAUAGAUGAAAAUGAAAAUAUAAAAAUAGAAGAUGUAUUAAACUAUGCAUAUCUAAAUAAUGAUAUUCAGGGAUCAACCACUGUUUGUCUAAUAAUUUUUAAUAGCAAUAGUACCAUAUCUACAGCAGUCAUUGGAGACUCUCAAUUUAUCCUGAUUCGAAAUGAUACCAUUGUUUACCGCUCCAAGCCACAGCAAUAUGAAUUUAAUUUCCCUUAUCAGUUGGGAAGUAAUGAAGUAAGCAAACCAAAUGACGCAGACAUUGCACAUAUUGAAGUAAAAAAAAAUGAUAUCAUUGUUGCCGGAUCAGAUGGAUUAUGGGAUAAUUUGUAUGAUAACCAAAUAUUAAAUUUAGUUAAACAAAACAACUUUUCUUCCCUAUCAGAAAAAAUAGCCAAUGAGGCUUUUAAUUACUCGAAAAUGAAAAGGUGGAUAUCGCCCUACAUAAAUAACUACAAUAAAGAAUUUAAAUGCCACAAAACAGGUGGGAAAAUGGAUGAUAUUACCGUUUCAUGUGCUCUCAUAUGUUAA